ACCCAACAAACUAAACCUAACCCACAAUAUGUAACCACCUUUACCUUUCGGUCAUACCAUUUACACUUCAGCCUCGUUGACAGACCAUCGGAUCAUUUAUACCUAAUUUAGCCUCCUUCAUAGACCACCGGUUGCUCAACCUUCGGCCUCUAUCUAUGGGUUGAUUCAGAUUCUCACCAUUCUUCUCCAUAUAUGCUACACUCAGCCUCUCAAAAUGGAGAUUGUCUUAAACUCAUAUUACAGCUCAAGGCGAGAUGAUUUUUUUGCCCAAAGUUGACAUUUUUCGACCUUUGCUACAGCUACAGCGGCUGAGUGCUCUUCUUUCUUCACUCUGACAAUCGUAGAAAGGAUGCAAUCUCUGAAAGACAUAGUACCAGCUGCAUCAAACAAUAUAAACACAAAAUUCAUUGUUUUAGACAAAGGAAGAGUGUCAGGGGAUGCACAACAAAAGGCAUGUUUGGCGUUAGUUGCCGAUGAGACUGCAGCCGUUCAUUUCCAGAUGUGGGCUGACGAGUGUGAUCAGUUUGAGCCCGGUGAUAUUAUUACUCUCUCAAAUGGCAUCUUCUCUUACAAUCGAAACGCUUUUGUGUUGAGGGCUGGCAAAAGAGGCAAGGCGGAGAAGGUGGGGGAGUUCACCAUGACCUUUGUGGAGACACCAAACCUGAGUGAGAUUCAUUGGGUCCCUGAUCCAAGUAACUCCAAGGUAUAUGUGCAAGAUGCUGUUGUUUCUCCCUUUUCGCGAAUCUUUCCACCUAUGCACUGAUGGUUGAGACAUGAGAGCUCUCACUGGGCAAGAUUUAUGUCUUUAUGAUCAUUUGUUUCAUACUUUCAUCUGAAAUGAGAUCUUAGAGUUCAUGUUCUUUUUGUCUCGAUGAUUUGCUUGUGAAAAUAUCAUUUGAGGAUACUCGAAAACUCUUUUAUUGAGAGUCAUGACGCAAUCUCUCGUUUGGUUGUGUAUUUUAUCAUAUUCAACUUCUGUUUUUGCGCUGCAAUAUACUCCGUAACUUGUAGUUGGUUUUCUAAAUACGUGAAUUUUAAUUAUUAACUCUAACUUAAAUAUUAUUAUGGGGUAAUUAACUUUA